GAUUGCAAGAGACGAGAAAAAAAUGGAGUCGAGAAGUGAAGUCGCUUCCUCUCUCCCCAGGCAGCUAAAACGGAAACCAUAGAGACGCCUAAGCCUCCCAAGGUUCCUAGAGAAAGUCUCCGGAAGUGCUCUCUAGGGGUCGGCUGCUGGCGAUCCGCUCCCGGGUGCGGCCGUAGGUGUGUUGAGCCUCUCUCUGGCGCUGGCUUCUCUUUUGGGAGCGGUCUCCCGGCCAGCCACCUUCCCUUCUCCCGCGCUCCCCUUUAGCGCCUGCACGCAGUUCCGGCCGGGAAUUCUCGAAACAACACCUUGAGAGAAGAGAAUUUCAAGAGGAUCUUUCCUGUGAAAAGAACCCAAUUAAAGAGUUUACUUUACUUUCUCCCAAGCUCUUCCAGCUCCAGAUGGCUGUAGAAUCAAGGGAGACAGUAGGCCUAUCUCCUCUGGUCCAGGCUCCAGAGGAAGGUCUUGUAAUAGUAAAAGUAGAGGAGGAAGACCACAACUGGGACCAGGAAUCCAGCUUCCAUGAGCCUAACCCUCAUGGCCAGGAGGUCUUCCGCCAGCGCUUCAGACAGUUCUGCUACAGGGAGACACUAGGGCCCCGUGAAGCUUUGAUCCAGCUUCGAGCCCUUUGCCAUCAGUGGUUAAGACCAGAUUUGCACACAAAGGAGCAGAUCCUGGAACUGCUGGUGCUAGAGCAGUUCCUGUCCAUCCUGCCUGGGGAACUUCAGACCUUGGUGCAGGAACAUCAUCUAGAGAGUGGAGAGGAGGUGGUAACUGUGUUGGAGGAUUUGGAGAGACAUAUUAAUAUACUAGGACAAGAGGGGCCAGCUCAUGCCAGUGGAAUGCCCUGGGAAGAGAGAACAAAUCUGGGAACAGCACAGGAGCCAACAAAUAUUCAGCCACAGUCUAUGGGACUCAAGUGUGACUCUUCAGAUCCCCAGAUUCUGCAGGAAAGAGUUUUGCCUAUUCCCCAGGCUCCUGCUUCAUCUCAGAAGGGAAGCCCCCGAGACCAGGAGAUGGCAGCUGCACUUCUCACAGCUGGGUUCCAGACUUUGGUGAAGAUUGAGGACAUGGCAGUAUCUCUUAUCCAGGAGGAGUGGGGACUUCUUGAUCCAGCACAGAAAGACCUCUGUAGUGAUGGCAGGCCAGAGAAUUAUGGUCACAUGUACUCCCUGGGUGGUGAGACCAGGAGUGAGAACAGAGAUCUAACUCAAAAACAGGUAAUUUCUCCUGAAAUGGAACCAAAUGGAGAGAAAACUGCCAAACGCAAUGGGAACGUUCCUGAGAGUAAAGAUCAUGGACAAGUUAGUGAAUAUACAGGCAGGAUAGAUCGACGACGAGGAAAUCCCCCCACAGGAGAAAGACGACAUAAAUGUGAGGAAUGUGGGAAGAGCUUUGCCCAAAGCUCGGGUCUUGUUCGACACUGGAGAAUCCACACUGGGGAAAAACCAUAUCAAUGUAAUGUGUGUGGUAAAGCCUUCAGUUAUAGGUCAGCCCUUCUUUCACAUCAGGAUAUCCACAACAAAGUGAAACGCUAUCAUUGUAAAGAGUGUGGGAAAGCCUUUAGUCAGAACACAGGACUUAUUCUACAUCAGAGAAUCCACACUGGGGAAAAGCCUUAUGAGUGUAAUCAGUGUGGGAAGGCUUUUAGUCAGAGUGCAGGCCUAAUUCUACAUCAGAGAAUUCACAGUGGGGAAAAACCCUAUGAAUGUAACGAAUGUGGAAAAGCUUUUAGUCAUAGUUCUCACCUUAUUGGACAUCAGAGAAUCCACACUGGGGAGAAACCCUAUGAAUGUGAUGAGUGUGGAAAAACUUUCAGGAGGAGCUCACACCUCAUUGGCCAUCAGAGAAGCCACACUGGGGAGAAACCCUACAAAUGUGGUGAAUGUGGGAGAGCGUUCAGUCAGAAGUCAGGUCUUAUUGAACAUCAAAGAAUACAUACAGGAGAGAGACCCUAUAAAUGUAAAGAAUGUGGGAAAGCUUUCAAUGGAAACACAGGCCUUAUUCAACAUCUGAGAAUCCAUACUGGGGAGAAACCUUAUCAGUGUGGGGCAUGUGGAAAGGCCUUUAUUCAAAGGUCAAGUCUUAUUCGACAUCAGAGAAUACACAGUGCAGAAAAAUCUGAAUCCACAUAAUAUGUAUGAAAGCUUUCAGUCACAAUUCAAGCAUUAUUCAACCAUUAGAGAAUUAGCUGCCAUUCCUCAGAGCCUAGAAGAAGAGUGCUUUGCAAAAUUAGUAGGGUGCUUAAUAAAUGUUUGUUAAAUUUGAAUUGAAACUACACUGGAGAGAGUCCCUGUCAUUGUAGUAAAUGAGUGAAAAGUAAGUUAGUCACUGUUAUAAUCUUAUCUAGUAUCUAGUAUCAUAGACUCUAUAUGGUAUAGUUACAUUAUACUACUCUUCAGAGCAAGUUGGGCAAAAUUUACUUGAUAUUUUGGCCCAUUAUGUAAUGGGAUGCAACUUUUAAGUUGCCUAUUUAUUCUCUGAAAUUGAAAAAUGUGUUUGAAUAAGCUGCUUAUUUACCACCCAAGGAAUUUAACUUUGGUUCUGGCUAAGUGGCUGUGGAUUUGAAAGCUGCUACUAUUCCUUUCAUCACCACAUUUUGUCUUUCCCAUUGUUUUCCUUCAUAUUCUUUGUAGAAAUUACUGUCAUGUUUCUGAUUGGAUGUACAGUAUUACUUUAGAUUAUCAUGAGGUUUCAUGAAAAACUUCAAGCUUUAUAAAAUCAUAGGAAAACUUUGAAAAACACUUAAUUCUUUCAUGAGAAUAUAACUACAUUUUAUUGUAAAUGCUUCUGUGAUUGUCUCCACUGUUUGUGAAUUCUUUAUUGUUAUUUGAAUUCAGAAUGCUAUAUUUUAAAACCAUAUCCAGAGGGUCUUUUCUUUUUGUCAUGUCAUUUUGCUGACUCUUUUGGAUACACAGACAUAUUAUGUCCAUUACUUUUGGUGAAGUUAUCAAAGGAAGUGAAAGCAAAGUAAUUAUGAUAGGAGUAAUGUAGAAAAAUAGGUGAGUUGAAAUCUUUGCCUAGUUUUUUGGUCAAUGUUCAGAUAACUGUAUGUUAUAGCUCCUCCUGCUUUGUACAGUACAGUACAGUACCACCUAUUCUAAACUUGGGACAGACCCAUGCCAUACAACCUUCAGAAUGCUACAGAUUGGGAAAAAACAGAGGCUAAGAUAAAAUAUAUCUAAAGAAUAUACAUUUCUUCUGGUCAUUAUUUUUCUCUCAUGUUACAAUCAGCCUCCACAGAUGUUGAUGUACAGCUGGUACAUAUUAUUUCUUUUUGCUUUAUUUCUAGCUAUUAGCUUCAGUGACUUCAGUAUCUAUUUUGAAAAUCCACGCAUAUCCUCAGUUUUAAAGAUCCUUUCUUUCUUGGACUAUAUUGCUCUCCAUCUUUACUCUGUUAGUCGGACUGACCACCAGGGUCACUGCUCUAUAUCUGAGAUUUCCAGGAUAUGAGUUGUGAAUAAAGUGAUGAGGUUGAUAUUACAAAUUACCAUACUAGAACUCAGGAAAUCUUUCUUAUACUUUCCUUAAGAUUUCUUUGAAACUUAUUAUUUAUAGUUAGCUUUAGAACCAAUUUAAAAGUCAUGCUAGAAACUCAUGCAUAUUACUUUGUUUUUUUUUUCUAAAACUAUUUUCCAAUUUGUAAAUCUCUUCAUUAGUAGCUUGGAUACAGACUCCUCUGGGUUGUUUUUAAAAACCAAAUACCAUCAGUCCUUUAAAAGAUCAAAGAUUUUCCACCUGUGAAGAUAUUUAAAAGCAUGUAAUAGGGGAUCUGAACAUAAUUCCAAAGGAAUCCCAAGAAUGCUUUGAGUAUUUAUUUGGUUGGAGUGAUUAUAAGAUCUCCUAAUGUAACUCCUUUAAAAGAAUAGCAGCCAUUUGGAGGUAUGAGAGAGAUAAUGUAGAAUAGUGGAUAGAAUGCUGGACUUGGAGCAGGAAAACUUAACUUCAGACCUGCUUCUGACAAUAAAUUUGUGAUACUGAUUAAUUCACAAGCAAUUAUAUGUGGCUUAAUCAGUUCUCUAGAAUUUACCUGUUACAUCAAAGAUGGGUUGUAAUCUGUGGUAGUGGAAGGGAGUUCCCUAUUUAAACUGACAAAAUCAGAUUCUUAUGUAUGUUUUUUUUUUAUUUUAUCUUAUAGGUCAUAUGUUAUAAUGAAUCAAGUUCCUUCUCCGCCUGCCUCUCCUCACUAAAAUCUCCUAGUAACAUCUUUAAGGAACACCCUUCCUUAAUUAAAUUUUCCCUUACCAAACUGUUUGAAUAUUAGAUUCAAUCUUUCAACUUACAUUGCUUGUCUUUGUUACACUGGUUCUUCUCCAUUACUUACCUAGUACUUCAUUGUCAAAUGCUUUAGCCUUUCUUCAUUCCCCAUUUCACUUCUCUUAGUCAAUUGUCUUACUCAUGUUAGUCUCAGAGUAAGCUGAUUUCGAGCCAGAUAAUGCCAUAGAAAACUCCUUUUGGACAUUUACCUGUUAAUUAAUGAUUUAGAAAAUCCCAGAACUAAGCCAUCUUAACCUACUAUAGAUUAUUCUUCAUAGUUUCUUUAAGAUAAAGAUUUUGCUUAGAACAUGUUUUGUGGAUACACGUGUUCCUUAGGAUGAGAUUUCUGAUGGACAGUAAAAACAACUGUGAUGUGGGUUCUACCAUGUCUCUCAUCCUUCCCUUUUUCAUUUAUUCAACAGACAUUAAUUAUGUGCCUUCUGUAAGGAGCGCAUUUUUUAAAAAGUUUAGAAAAUAUUACCUGCCUUCAUGGAGUUUACAUUAUAAAUAUCAUUAUAGUUAUGGAAUCUCAGAGCUGGAAAAGAUCCAGGGGCAUUUUCUUCAAUCCAUUCUUGACCAAGAGUGCUUUUUAAAAAAUCUCCAACAAGUGAUUAUACAGUCUGUACUUGAUAUCCAGUGGUAAUCUAGUGAAUAAUCUACCUCCUUAGACAGGCAUUCAGUUUUUAGAUAGGUUUAAUUGGUAGGAAACUUUUUCUUCUUGCAAGCCUAAAUCUGCAGAUUUCUACAUUGUUGUAGUUCUUUCCACUGUGACCAAACAGAAAAUGUCUAAUGACUCUUCUACCUAACAGCCCUUCAGAUGUUUGAAGAUAAUUAUCUUGGUCUUUGAAAGAUUAGUAAUAAUGACUAAUAAGUCAUACCUGGUAUUUUUUUCCCAGUGUUUUUGAUGUGUAUUUGGAACAGAUGACAUGAAGUCAGAGCAUCCAGGAACUUUUUAAUUGUAUUCUUAUCUAGGAUGUCGAAACCUUUUUAGGAAUUUAGCCUUUAUUCUCCUUGGCAGAGAAAAUAGAAGCAAAAUAA